UUUUUUCUUUUUUUUUUUUUUUUCUUUUUUUUUUUGUCCUUUGCUAUCUAUAUUGCUAUACGUGAGGCCAUCCGGAGCUACUUAUGGCUUAGAGUAGUACGGAUCAGUCGAUGAUGACAUUAUACCGUAUGGCGUUUGGAGCUUAUAUACCGUCUUACAUCACGUCUCCUUCGAUAAGGCAAUAACCUCUAUACUUGGACGGCUUUAUCAUAACGUCUAUCUAGUAUAUACGACUCGCAAGCAACAAUCGAGCCAGGGGCUCGCGCAAAGAAACAGAAAAUGGCACAAAUAUCACAAUCUCCCAUCCUCCGCUUACCACUUGAAAUCCGUCUGAUGAUCUAUGAAUACGCCCUCGACGUACCGAACGAGUACAUGGACAGGCCGCUGAUCGUGGUCAAUGACCGCGGAAACGCCUUCACAGCGCGAGGCCGUUACCGCGCUCUAUCAAUGUGUCCCAGCUGGGUAGGCGAGAACGGCAAGGUCCGCAGCCUGCUCUCCGUGAAUCGGCAAAUCCACGAUGAAGUCGAAGACUUCUUGUAUUCGCAUAAUACGCUCUUCUUUCUCAAUGCGUUUAGUCUGGACCGGCUGGGUGCGUUCCUGGAUACGCUUAGUGAGACGGCGCGCAGGCGCAUUCGCAGCGUCGGCUUUGAAAUCUUCUUCUUUGUGCAUUCGCAGACGGGCGUGCCGAAGCGGACGUUGAAGGAGUAUGAGCGCGCCGGGAAGAUCCUGAGCGAGAAGCUGCCCAAUUGGAGCAGCGUUGUGUUUUACCUUGAUCCGAGGUUUUAUUUCCCGUCGGCGGCUGUUGGGGGCAGGGAGUUGUCGGCUAGGGGAGUUUGGUAUCUGGCGACGAAGUUUGGAGCCAUGAGGAAGGAGAUGCAGUUUUUCGCGCUGCCGUCUAUUCAUCGGCAUGUUAUGGACGACGCCAAGAGGAAGAUUCAGAUGGGGAGGAGGGGGUCGCAGGGGCGGGCAUUUCUUUAGCCUGUGAUUCUUCUCUCUUUUUUCUUUUUUUUUGUCUUAUUUAUCCCCUUUUCGAUGGGGUUCAUUAUCGGGGUUUCGGUGCAUUAUACCUAGUCGCACUCUCCGCUUCAGGGGACUUUCUGGGGUUUCACUUGGGAGUUUCGAGGGUGGGGAAAGUAUCAUUCCCUUGGAUUGGUGGUCGAUGCACCAUGACGUUUUUCGAAAUUGAUGCGGAGAUAAAUACGUCUCUCUGUUCAUCAUUCUCCACCCACCAUAUUAAUCAUAUCUCGGAGUCCCUUCAUCGGUCAGGAUCAUUAGCGGGAGUUUUCAGGUCAGAUGAGCUUGGCAUGGAAAUCAUGGUUUCGGGCGCAAGGAUUGUGUUAAAAAAGGGUUACAUACAUAGCAUUUCUUGCAGAUUUCG